UGAGUUUUUGUUUGUUCCUCAGGGGAAGUUCACAUGCCUUCUGGGAAGACAGCCCCCGCAGAUAUUGUUGACAACAAAGAUGGUACUGUGUCUAUUCGAUACGUUCCCACAGAAACUGGACUGCACGAGCUGGCCAUUAAAUGUAAUGGAGCUCACAUCCCAGAAAGCCCACUGCAGUUCUUCGUGAAUUAUCCAAACACAGGAAGUGUCUCUGCAUAUGGACCAGGCCUUAUCUAUGGGGUCGCCAAGAAGCCAGCCACAUUCACAAUUAUAACAGAAGAUGCUGGAGAAGGGGGCCUGGAUCUGGCAAUAGAAGGGCCCUCCAAGGCAGAGAUCAGCUGCAUUGAUAACAAAGAUGGCACUUGCACUGUGACAUAUCUGCCCACCCUUCCAGGAGAUUAUAACAUCCUAGUGAAAUAUAAUGACAUACACAUCGCUGGAAGCCCUUUUGUUGCAAAAAUCACAGAUGAUAGCAGGCGGCGCUCACAAGUAAAACUCGGUUCCACGGCAGACUUUUUAUUGGAUAUCACGGAGACUGAUUUGAGCCUUCUGUCUGCCAGUAUAAAAGCCCCAUCUGGUCGUGAUGAGCCCUGUCUUCUGAAAAGGCUUCCAAACAACCAUAUUGGAAUUUCAUUCAUCCCAAGGGAAGUUGGGGAGCACUUAGUCAGCAUUAAGAAAAAUAGCCGCCACAUACCCAACAGUCCUAUAUCCAUCAUGGUUUACCAGUCAGAAAUAGGGGACGCCAGCAAGGUGAAAGCCUUUGGGCCAGGUCUGAUUGAAGGGCGGUCGUAUGAGAUGUCAGAUUUUAUUGUGGAUACCAGAGAGGCAGGCUACGGUGGGCUCUUGCUGGCAGUGGAAGGACCCAGUAAAGUAGACAUCCAAACAGAGGACCUAGAGGAUGGCACAUGCCAGGUCUCCUAUUGUCCAACAGAACCAGGAGUUUACAUUGUAUCCAUCAAGUUUGCAGAUGAGCAUGUUCCAGGAAGCCCAUUCACAGCCAAAGUGAUUGGGGAGGGAAGAAUGAAGGAGAGCAUCACACGCAGGAGGAAAGCACCAUCUGUGGCCUCAGUGGGUGGCCUUUGCGAGCUGAACCUGAAAAUACCAGAAAUUGACCGACAUGAACUGACGGCAAAGGUCAUCAGCCCAUCAGGGAGGAAACAAGAAGCAGAGAUUGUUGAUCUUGGACAGAACACGUCGUGUGUGCGUUUUGUGCCACAAGAGACCGGGAUCCACACCGUGAGCGUAAAAUACAAAGGGGAGCAUGUGCCAGGGAGCCCAUUCCAGUUCACCGUGGGACCCCUGGGAGACGGUGGAGCUGAGAAAGUGAAGGCUGGAGGCCCUGGAUUAGAAAGAGGAGAGGCUGGAGUUCCAGCUGAAUUCAGUAUAUGGACCCGGGAAGCUGGUGCCGGAGGCCUCUCCAUUGCUGUAGAAGGCCCAAGUAAAGCUGAACUUUCAUUUGAAGACCGGAAAGAUGGCUCUUCUGGAGUUUCCUAUGUUGUACAAGAGCCUGGUGACUACGAAGUGAUUAUCAAGUUCAACGAUGAACAUAUUCCCCAGAGCCCAUUCCUAGUUCCCAUCGUUGCCACUUCGGACGAUGCCCGUCGGCUCACUGUCACCAGCCUUCAGGAAUCUGGAUUGAGAGUUAACCAACCAGCAUCCUUUGCCAUACGGCUUAAUGGGGCUAGAGGCAAGAUUGAUGCCAAGGUUCAUAGCCCGUCUGGAGCGGUGGAGGACUGCUUUGUCACUGAACUGGAACCAGAUAAGUAUGCUGUACGCUUUAUGCCCCGGGAGAAUGGGAUCCACAUGGUUGACGUCAAGUUUAAUGGGAGCCACGUUCCUGGGAGUCCAUUUAAAGUCCGAGUAGGGGAGGCAGGACAGGAAGGAGAUCCAGGGCUAGUUACAGCCUACGGAGAUGGACUGGAGACUGGUACUACAGCGCCUUGUGGGUAUCGGUGGUACCAGUGAAACCUCCUCUAUCAUCGUUCAGUCCGUAACCCGAGCUUCCACGGAGACCACGUACAGCGCUUUGCCGAGAUUUGCAUCAGAUGCCACCAAAGUGACGUCCAAAGGCGCCGGCCUAUCAAAAGCUUUCUUGGGACAAAAGAGCACUUUUACUGUAGACUGCAGCAAAGCAGUUCCAACAUUCUGCUGGUGGGGGUCCACGGCCCCACCCUGCCCUGCGAGGAGGUCUCUAUUAAACACAUGGGGAACAAACACUACACUGUCACUUACCAUGUGAAGGAGAGAGGGGAUUAUUUGCUGGUGGUGAAAUGGGGA